AUGGGUUUCGGCACAAAGCUGUGUAAAUGGCUUAGGUUCUGUUACUCAACCUCAACCUUUUCUGUGUUAAUUAAUGGCUCACCAUUUGGAUACUUUUCUAGUUCUCGUGGAGUAAGACAAGGUUGUCCAGUAUCGCCGCUACUCUUCAAUAUAGCCAUGGAAGGUUUUUCUAGAUAUAUGGAUAGAGCGUCAAAUCUUCGUCUUUUCAGUGGUUUCUCAGUGUCUCCUACUGGUAUUACUGUAAAUCAUUUACAUUAUGCUGAUGACACUAUAUUCUUCCUUGAUAGUAGCAGGGACGAGCUCCAGAAUCUUUUUUCUGCCCUCAGGUGUUUUGAAUACACUGCAGGCUUAAAGGUUAACAAUUCGAAAACACGACUUAUAGCAAUUGGAGAUGUACCUGAGAUAUCACUUUGGGCUUCAGAAUUAGGAUGCGCCACUAACAAUCUACCAUUCAUAUACUUGGGCAUGCCAUUGGGAGCAAAAGCAAAUUCUAAGCAAAUUUAG